GUAGGUUGGUGGUGAAGCCCUGGUGCUCAGCAGCACAGCUCAGCUGAUGCACGGCGUGGAGCUCUCCAAGGACCAGACUGGAGUCACUGCUAAGUUCCCGUCCUCCAACAUGACUCUCUUCUUUGAUGGCAACAGCGCACAUGUGACAGGACUUCCUGAAGCUGUAGAGGGUUUGUGUGGCAGCCCCUCCAACUCCAGCUGGACCACCACCCCGACUGCAGAGAAGUCCUCUAUCAGCCUCCCUGGCUGUGAGAUUCAAUACCAGGACUCAGUCGACAGCGCCAUCAACUGCAACCGCUGCACCGACCACUGUAAUCUCAUGAGGCAGCCUCCCUUCUCCGCCUGUCACGAGCACACCGACCCAGAGCCGUACAUCAGCGCCUGCACACACACUCUGUGCAGAUACCCGUCAGUGGAUGGGGUCGACUGCCACUUUUUGGAGGCUUACGCCAAGGCCUGCAGCCUGGAAGCCAACGUGACCCUGGAGGACUGGAGGUCAACUUCUGGCUGCUGUAAGACCCUCUUUCACUUGAAUAUUCACAGUCGUUGUGGUUUAAUACACAACUGGAAGUCCCUGUGUUUGUAUAGUAGCCUGAGUAUGGUCACAUAUACAGGAUAUAUGUAAUAUGGAUAGUGUGCAGUGUUUGAUUCCACUUCAUUCUAGGUUUAUUACUUCAUUCCUAGUAAUAGUUUGUAUAAUCAUUGUUAUUAGUGAUAUUAUUAUGAUAACUAUUUAAAACUGUGUAUGAAGGAAA